AUGUUAUGGUAUUCAAUUAAGUCACGACAGCCCUCGGACGUUUCCGCCGUCUGGUUCGGCGGUGUGACAUUUGGAUUCACGUUAAGAACAAGUGGUACUUGGCGAGUCACAAGGGUGUACUCUGCGAGUUGCUUGAAGGCGGGCAAGAACUCGACGAGUUUGAAGAACAACUCGGCGAGUUGGUUGAAGAUAGCCUUGGACUCGGCGAGUCUGUUCUGGGACUCGGCGAUGUUGGUGCUAGCUAGUGGUGGAGAUCGUGUCAGUGGUCGGAGCAUCUCGAUCUUAUCUUUCCAGUCAGCAGUUGCGAGGCCAACAGAACAUAGUCUUUCUGGUAUCAACCAUGUAGAAAUUGAUGGUGAUCUAAUCCUGCAAAAGGAGGUGGUGAAGGAAAUCCAUAAUGCAUUCGGAAGUUGGCGGUUCUUUGAAAUGGUGAAUCAUAGAGUUCCUAUUAGCGUAAUAGAGGAGAUGAAAAAGGGAGUUUUGGGGUUUAUUGAACAGGAGAAUGAGGUAAAGCAGCAUUGGUAUACAAGAGACAGCAAUAGGAAGACGAGGGUGAUGUACAACAUUUUCGACUUCUAUUUUCAUUCAGUUACUAACUAG